AUGGUCAGUCCAGGCACAACACGGGAAAACCUAAACGGCGCAGAAACAAACUCACUAAAAAGAGAAGGAUCUCGAAUAGCGGACCCGUUGGAAACGAAAAGGCCUCGUAAUCAGUGAGUUAUCAGUGAGAAAGAGAGAAAACAUCUGUCCGAGUGAAAGUCAAGUGUACGGAACUGCGAAUGAGAAUGUUAAUUAAUACUUACGGUUUUCCCAUAGCAUAACGUUUUAAACUAGCUGUCGGCCUGAAAAUUUUGACUUUUCUUCAAACGGCAUUCCUCCAAUAAUUUUGACAACGACUACCCAGAUCACCAUUUUUUCCUUUCUUAGUUUUAAUCGUACUAUUUUUUCAGAGAAGAACAUGGCCCCAUCAGCAACGGCGAAGCGAUCGCGUUUCAAUCCAGAUUCAGACGAGUGCCUGGCUCAUCAUAUGAAAGGUCUUACACUAGGACAACAACGACUGUCUGCAACGGAACCAUUCGACACAACGAUACACCGUCGCCGUUUUAUACUGCGCCCGUCAUCACAGUCGAAUGUUCGGAGGACGACGAAUACAAUGAUAUCGGGCUGCCCGAUAUCGAAGUACCGCCUGCUGACAAUGGCUCGUUUUCCGGUGAAUCAUCGCCUCACGCUUCUAACACGUCUGAUUAUGAGACGAAUGAAAUCGCAAAAUUUCUCGCCGAGCAGUAUGCAGAAAAGUGUGCCGAAAACGAACCCCUUGACAUCUACGGCAUCAGCGACGACGACGAAAUUCAAGAUAGUAAUGGAGAAGGUUCCAGUCAACCAGUUGCCGCCGAGAAUCAGAAUGAGCAAGUCGAUCAUGCUCAGAAUGAAGGUUGCGCUGAAAAGUCGAUAUACGAGGAUGCACGUCUCGAAGUGGCCUCGCGUGAAGUGGUUGUCGGUGGAGAAAAACUCAUGGAGAUGAACCAUCAUGCGGAGGCUGUCGAACAUAGAGAAGAAGCCUUCGAAGGGGACACAAUCAGAGUGGCAGUCGUGUAUGAAGAAGUAGCCAUGGAAAUGAACACGCGUCGAGUGUUCAUUGAUGAUGAAGAAGAAGAAGAAGUAGAAGACGUCACGGAAGUGAACCACAAUGCGGUUGCUGUAAAUCAUGGAGAAGAAGAUUUCGAUGAGAACUCAAUCGUGGGCAUGCGUCGAGUGUUCAUAGAUGAUGAUGAUGAUGAUGAAGAAGAAGAAGAAGUAGAAGAAGGCUUGGAAGUGAACCACAAUGCAGUUGCUGUAAAUCAUGGAGAAGAAGAUUUCGAUGAGAACUCAAUCGUGGGCAUGCGUCGAGUGUUCAUAGAUGAUGAUGAUGAUGAUGAAGAAGAAGAAGAAGUAGAAGAAGGCUUGGAAGUGAACCACAAUGCGGUUGCUGUAAAUCAUGGAGAAGAAGAUUUCGAUGAGAACUCAAUCGUGGGCAUGCGUCGAGUGUUCAUAGAUGAUGAUGAUGAUGAUGAAGAAGAAGAAGAAGUAGAAGAAGGCUUGGAAGUGAACCACAAUGCAGUUGCUGUAAAUCAUGGAGAAGAAGAUUUUGAUGAAAACUCAAUCGUGGGCAUGCGUCGAGUGUUCAUAGAUGACGAUGAUGAUGAUGAAGAAGAAGAAGAAGUAGAAGACGUCACGGAAGUGAACGACAAUGCAGUUGCUGUGAAUCAUGGAGAAGAAGAUUUCGAUGAAAACUCAAUCGUGGGCAUGCGUCGAGUGUUCAUAGAUGACGACGAUGAUGAUGAAGAAGAAGAAGAAGUAGAAGAAGGCUUGGAAGUGAGCCACAAUGCAGUUGCUGUAAAUCAUGGAGAAGAAGAUUUUGAUGAGAACUCAAUCGUGGGCAUGCGUCGAGUGUUCAUAGAUGAUGAUGAUGAUGAAGAAGAAGAAGAAGUAGAAGAAGGCUUGGAAGUGAACCACAAUGCAGUUGCUGUAAAUCAUGGAGAAGAAGGCUUCGAAGCGGUUCCAUAUUGUCGGCGUUCCGGGUUUGCUGCACUAGCCAUGCGUGUGAGACAAUUUGAAGCAAUGGACAAUCUUGAAGCUGAAGCUGCAAGCGAUGAAGAAGCUGAGGAGGAUGAAGAAAAUGAAGAUGAACAUGUGGGAGUGGCCGAUGUUAACGACGACACUGUUGAAAACGAUGUUGCUGAUGACGACAGUGUUGCAAACUCUUAUAGUUUCGGAGAAGAUGAAGAUGUCCAAGAAGAGGCAGAUCUCGAAGAUGAGGAGGAUCUCGGAGAUGAUGAAGAAGAAGUUCAUGAUCCAAGAAGAAUUGUUUUUUCACCAGCUGAUGAUGAUGACAUUAUUGAUGAAAUUAUUCGGCAAGAGGGAGGCAUCAUGAUCGACGACUCUGAUGACGAAACGGAAGAGGACGACGAGUAUGUCCCCGAGGAUCCGAAUCCAAACGUGGUGGCUCAUGCGGUGCGCGAGACAAAUCCGGGCAACAGUUCAUAUGCUCCAGGCGAUGACACUCUGGAAGCGGAUGUUGAAGCCGAAGGCGAUGCUUCCGAAGAUGACGGUGGAGAAGCCGAAGCUCCACAAGCUGCCGUCCCAGAAGCUGUCGUUCCAGUUUCUGGCGUUCAAGAACAAGAAGAAGUGAGAGUGACAACAACAGCCAUUCCACGUCCAUCACCAAAUCGUCCAAUAGUUUUGGACACGAUAACGAUAGAGGACACGCCGCCGAGGGAACCAACUCCAUUGCUGCCAAAGCAAAAGGAAGAUUCAAGUGAUUCGAUCAAAUUGUGAGUUGAUGAUUAGGUGUGGCCUUCCUAGUAUGAGGCUUUUGACAAAAACUGUAUAUUCUUAUUGUAACCUAAACAAAAAUUGUCCAGUUUUCCGCUAACCUACUGGCAAUUAACUUUCCAAAACCGCUGUUCAGGCUACACUUUUUCGAGAAUUACUUUCCAAAAUCACAUGUUCGCUUUUCCUUCCACCUGACUGAUUUCCAAAACAUUUCUGUCAUUCUCAUUUGACAAAAACGUUCCGCUUUUCUCGCUUCUCUCUCUCUCUCUCCAUUUCCCCUCUGCAUUCCGUCACCAAUGUGUGGGCAGAGAAGGGGAACAUAAUGGAGCGAGCACACGUUUUUUCUCAUUUCCAGCUGAAAAGAAAACCAUCAAACCAUUUCCCUUGAGUGUUGUUCAGUUUGGUCCGAAAAGCAGCCAGUUAUUAGUUGAUUAGCUGACGUGCUUUUCACUCCUCCCCUAUAAUUUUUGUUUUUGUCACUUUAGCUCAAUUCACAGCUAUCAGAAUGCUCCAAAAUCGGCCGGCUAAAUGGCUGGUCCGCAAAACUCGCCCCAUGUAAGUAUACGAGGGGAUGUAUACAUUUUCAAUCUGGAAAAGUGCACAAAGAGGAAAAUGGCUUAUCUAAAUUCACAGUUUCUUUUGUUGUGACUUUCAAACAGUACAACUCUUUUCGAAGAAGUGUUGAAACAUUUCUUUUUUUCGACGUCAGGUUCCAAUUUCAGUUGUUGACACGAGCGCGCUUCUAGAAUUUCUGAAAAGUAAUUAGGGAGUUCGGAGAGUUUUUCGACUGAAAACGAAAAGUGAAUCAUCUGCUUUCCAUCGUUUAGGCAUCAGCUGGAAACUGUGAGCUUACACAAAUGUUACAGUCAUUAAAGUUUUGAUAAAAGAAUGCAGUUCUGCGGUUGAAUACAGUACUCCAACAUGAGUAACUGUCCUCAUAACCAAUUGCUUGAGAGAUAAAUAAGAACGACCCAAAUACUUUCUUCCAACACAGACAAUAAUUUAUCUUCUUUUCAGCAUUGGAAUUUUCAAGAGUGACAAAUUGCCGGCUGCUUUAUCAAAACCGGGUUGUAAUCCAGUUCAUGAUCGGACUCCAAUGCCUGUAAGUUUUUUAAAAAUCGUUUUCUUCAGCACAAUACUACUGUACAAGACCGGAUUUUGAUUUACAUACUUGCGUGUGAUUAUUUAUCAUCCCCGAUACACAAGUCAUCAUAUCCCUCAUCCCAACAUGAGCUUGAAAGAGAAAGAGAGAGAGAGAAAGAUCGAUUGAUACACGUACACGUUUGACGUGCUCUCCCGUUGCUGCUCCUGCUGCUACUGAUCCGGCUGGUGGUGGUGUUGGAUAGGCGGGAGGGAGAAGGAAAAGAAACGGGAGACACCCCAAGUAGAUAGUUUAAAAUUGCUCCUUCUCGCUCUCGUGUCUUAUCCUUCCCCUUCCUUCCGAUCAGUUCUACCCCUGUCUUUCUCUCUCUCUCCACUCUCAAUGGUGCACGAAGAAGAAUAAGAAGAAGAAGUAGAAGGUUGUAAAGUGAAAUAAAGAAGAGUCGAAGCACACACACACACAUAGAUCGACAGUGGGCGGCUCUUCUCUUCUAUCCCUCUCUCGUGUGCCUCCCGCCAAGCUUCGCGGGUCCCUGCCGGCCCCUUCACAGAUAUAUACCUAUUAUUUUGUGUAUGUAUCUGUGUGUGUAUGCUUGAGAGGGAGAAUCUGUGCCUCUUUUUCGUUUCUCUACUGAACGGCCCACCAAGAAGAACAUUAAUCUUCUUCCUCUUCUUCCUCUUUUCUUCUUCGUUUUUGCUCGCACGGCAAUUUUUGGUUUGCAAUUCAAUUUCCUUGCCUUUUCCGAAUCUCAAUUCUCCAAAUUCUCAGCUCAGCUCUGCAAACCAAACAAUAUAUCCUUCUCUACAGUAACUCCGUCCCUAUAGUUCCCUAAGGGCCACCUUCCGUGGCCGUGCCGACGACGACGGUGGACCCAUCCACGUCACCAUCACGAUCGCCCAACUGUCUUACAACCCGCUCAUCACCAUUUUCGCGCGAGCCAUCUCAACAUCAUCAUCAUCAUCAUUUUCUGUCGCCGCUCGCCUCACGCCGUCAUUACAUCUCGCACCGCCUUCCGCAGCGAGCUGUACUUUCGAACGCGCCACCAAUCCAGUCAGCUGCUAUUGUCUUCAACUCGACAGAGCCUCGACCUCAGCCUCAGCUCCAGCCGCCGAUCCUAGUCGUUCCCGAGAUGCCUGUUCACAAGCAAUCGGCGCUUCAAACCAACUCGCUGGCGCUCCGCCGACUGCCGCUUGUUGUGAUACCGCGAAAGCGAAAGUACAAGAAUUACGUGUCGCGACGGCGGAACACUCAACUAUUAGCCAGUCUUCGUCGAUGUGUCUCCGAUCCUAAUUUGUACAAGAGCUAUAAUCACUGGAAAGGUCUCUCGCGUCCGAUGACGCCUCUCAAAUCAGGCGCGCCGACCCCUAAGACGGUGACACCUUUGCCUGUUCCCGCCUCGACUGGCCACCAAAAGCUCACGCCGAACCCGUUGCCGACUCAAAAUCCCGUCAAACUCCCGUCUCCGCAUGCUAUCUCGGAGAAGCCGAACCACCCACCGAAAGUGUCAGAUGACCCCUCUCAGGCUGGGGCCUCCGCUGUGACUGCGGCUCAGCCAGUUUCUAAGCAAGUUUCGGGAAAGUUGACAGAGCUGAAAAGCAAGAAUGGUCCUCCGCCAACUGAGAAAACUGCCCUGAGAAUCCCUUCGGCUGCGUCGAGUCGAUUAAAAGCGGCGGCCAAUUCGACGUCCACCUCCACUUCGACAGCUGCUCCACCUGAUGAGCUCGGAUCUUCCAAAAAAGGAGCAGUGCCAACAGCUGCCAAUGAACCUGUCACGACUGUCCCGGCUGCUGUUUCUGCUGCCAACGCCACGAAACCAUCCCCAUUUGCACCUGCUAUUACUCCUGUAGGACCGGCGCCUGCGCCUCUCAAGCCACCUGUCGCGAAGCAGAACUCUCUUCAAAAGCCACCGCCCGAACCGAAACGAUUAAUCGGAGGUGUCGUCGCUCCUGUUUCCAAACCGGUCGCAAAAAUGGCUGCGACUCAAGACGCGGUGCAUAAAAUUGAUGGGAUUGAGUUCUUGCCCAAAGAACAAGACGAUGGACAGGUCCCCACUACCUCAGCGGGUCCAAAAGCGCUCAGGAGGGCGUAUGGAUCUAAAAGUGGAACGACAAUAUGUGCCAUCGGAAGUCCCAAUGUUCCAUCCACGAGCAACGCGUAUGCACCGCCUCCUACAGCUCCGGAUGAUGACAAACGGUUGAUUGAAAAGAAAUUGUCAUUGCGAAAAAAGAAGAUUACUGGAGAAGUGGCUCCAGGUGGUAUUCUCACGGGUUCAAAGUCGGGAAUUGAUAUUGGAAUCAACAAUAAUCACACGAAAGAGCAGACGGACGAGCAGAGGGCAAAGAAGACGGUGAACGCUGUGGCCGCUGCAUUUUCAACACUCCAAGGGCCAAAUGCGGAAGAUGCGACGUCGUCCACAAGUCGAGAAGAACGGCCGCCACCACCUUCCUCUACUCAACCCCAAAAACCCAAGUCGGCGGCAGUUCAGAACUUGAUCUCACAACUCCAACUGCCCGCUUCGGUUUCGGCGAAAGUUGACAAGAUUAUCGCGUGCGGGGAUAAAGCGAGAAAACCAUCUAGAGCUGGUUUACAGGUUUGUAAUUCUAUUCCAAAAUAAACAAAUAGAUAAAAACAAUUUCUGGUCUUGUACAGUAAUAGGUGCUAACCUGAAAAAUAUAUAAUUUCAAAUGUGCAUUGUUCAGGCGAAUACAUCUCGACCGAGAGUUGUUCAAGAGAUUGUGGCCAACAAGAAAGCGCAAUUUCAAGACGACAAGGACGGUCAUUUGAUAUACUCGAAAGGAGAUUACAUUCUUGAGAGAUGUAAGUUAUCAGUUUUUCUUCGAUAUUUAUCUCUAUUUUCCCUGUCCAACUAAUUUUCCUGAUUUCAGUCACCAUCUUCGAGACUCUUGGCGAAGGCACUUUUGGCAAAGUAGCUCGAGUUCGCGACGGCACCACCAACCACUAUAUGGCUCUCAAGAUCAUCAAGAACGUGAGCAAGUACCGUGACGCUGCUCGAUUGGAGAUUAAAGUUUUGCAAAAGUUGGCUGAACGGGAUCCGAACAAGGACAAGUGAGUUUUCUGAAGUCUUCACAAAAAAUACGUUUGGUGUAAAGUUCGCUGGACCAGCUGGUGUUAAAGUGCAUGGGUGUGAGGAUGCAUAGCCGAUCAUCACUCUUUCUCAUGAGAACUUUUGUCGGUGGUCGGCGGGCUCUAGAAUCUUCUUCGGUGUGCGUGUGUGUGAUGGAUCAUCGGAUCGAUGAUGAGAGAUAGAAAUUGACUCUCUCUCUCUCUCUCUCUCUUUCUCUUCUCUGCUCCUGCGGUUUGCUCUCGUUUCUUCCAAAGACAACUGUUCCUCUUUCGUUGCCCCGAUGAAAUAUCAUGUGAAUCUGAGAGAAUUUUGACGCGAAGAGUGGGGGGGAAUCCUCGGAAAUGCUGCUCCCGGCUGCUGCUUUUUGCCUGAAUUUUGAUACGCUCCCUCUUCCUCUCUUUCUCUCAUUUUCUCUUGUGGGCCACUGAGGACACACGGCAAAAAAAAAGAAAGGGAGAGUGAAAGAAGAGAUCAGGAAUGUCAUGUUCCACUCCUCGAAAGCGUAUCAUCAUCCACUAAAAACAUGAAACGAGUUGUAGCGCUCGCUCGCUCGCCGCUUUCGUUUGUCGGAAGUGUGGAGAUCGAUUAGUUGCGCUCGCUUUACACUUUUUGGAGCUCGACACUUGCACACACACACACCUACAUACACUGAAAACAUUAACUUAGAGGGAGCAAAAAUUGGUCUGGAGGGUUGAUUUUUGUGUUAAUUUUGGCACAGCUGAAAAAACUGAACAAAAAUGAAAGAAAAAACCAUUUUGUGACUCGGGAAAAGAAAACAUCAAAAUUUUCUGACUACAUUUCCCUGACUAAAAUCUGAUGUAAAAAGUUGUACUAAAACCCAAGUCUUUCAGCUUUGUCAUACACAUGGGCGCUUUCUUCGAUUACCACGGCCACAUUUGCAUUUUGUUCGAUCUGAUGGGACCAAGCAUCUUCGACUUUCUGGUACGACCUUCCCAUAUUCACUUCAAAACGCUGUAUCUAAUAGAAUUUCAAUUCCAGAAGCAGAAUCACUACAAGCCGUAUCCGAUGGAGCACGUUCUGCACAUUGCGUGGCAAGUGUGCAACGCCGUCAAAUUUCUGCAUGACAACAAGCUUACGCACACGGAUCUGAAGCCAGAGAACAUUCUGUUCUGUGAUAGUCGGUUUACAACAAAAGUGGUCGAUAAGAAGGUGAGAUAUCGUUUUGAAAAAAGUUUUUGAAACAUUGCAUCAAUUUCGAUGAGAUUCUAGUGUUGUCGAGUACCAAAAAGGGAUUUUAUGAGAAUUAACAAGAGCCCGUUGCCUGCUCUCUAAGAAUUUUCAGGCUUCUUAGAUCUUUUGAUCAUUUUGUAGCGUUCUUGAGCAAUCCUCGUAUCACUUGAUGGCCAAAGGGCGGUGCGUAAAAUUCUUAUCCAAACGUUUUGUAAAUAUACUUUACGAAAUUGUUUUUUGCGGAACAUAAGCCAUAUUUUGCCCAUUCCAACAUAUUUUUUCAGCCAAUGCGAGUAUUGAUUGCCACUCAUGUCCGUCUAAUCGAUUUCGGAUCGGCCACUUUCGACAACGAGCACCACUCAGCGAUAGUCUCGACACGUCACUACCGAGCACCGGAAGUAAUUUUAGGUAUGCAUCUCUGUUUUUGUUCCGAAAUUAUUGUUCCGUUUUCAGAACUGGGCUGGUCCCAGCCGUGCGACGUCUGGUCUAUCGGAUGCAUCCUCUACGAACUGUACACCGGAGUCACCCUGUUCCAAACUCAUGAGAACCGGGAGCAUUUAGCGAUGAUGGAACGAGUGCUCGGAGAUAUUCCACAACGAAUGGCUAAAAAGACAAAGUUGGUUAUUUUUCCAUCUUUCAACCCCUAACCAAGCCCCCCGAGUGCUGUGUACCAGAUGAUAUUGCAUUGUUGAAGAGCUUUCAGAACCAAGUUCUUCAUCAACGGACGACUCGACUGGGUGAGCACGUCGGCCGACGCCGCCUACGUGCGUGACAACUGCAAGCCUUUACGGGUGAGUUUUCUCCACAGAACAUGAAUCAAUCAAUUAAUUUGAAAUUUCAGCGAGCGAUGACUUGCUCCGAUCCAAUGCACGUCGAGUUGUUCGAGUUGAUUGAGAACAUGCUCAUGUACGAGCCCAUCUCCCGCAUGGAUUUGAAUGAGGCCCUCGAACAUCGAUUCUUCCACCGACUCGGUCCUGAUUUAAAGUGAGUUCCUUUUCGACAUACAUUUCAGAAUAAAAUGUCCUACAUGUAGUGCCCAGUGUUCAAACACUGUCGCGCACAAAUGCAGACCGUCUGUGCAUUUGUGUAUGCAAACUCGGCAUUGCAAUUUUCGAACAAUAGUAAAUAGAUGACAUGAACUUCAAUAACCACUUUUUUUCCAGAAAGCCGUCUCCUUUACAAAACCCACAGAUGUGCUCACCUGUACGAGACUGA